GGGGGAAUUCACAUGGAAACAAUUUAUAAACCUGUUUUCCCAUAGACACAUUUCUCCUCAUCUCACCCUGACUCAAACAAGUAUCUGCAUCGCCCGACUCCGAAGGAAAGGUGUGGUUUAUCUCGUCAUCUCAUAAUAAAACAGAGCAGAUGUUUUCGUUCUUCAUGAACGCAUUUGUCGUUAUUCUGAGCUAAUAAUAAUAAUAAUAAUAAUAAACAAUACAGGGCAAUUCGUUCGUGCUUUACGCCUCCGGCACCAUACGUGGAGGGGGAGGGAGGAGCGACAGGGGGGCAGAGUUCGACACUGAAGCGCUUCGCUCCCGAAGUGUCGACUUCUUCUGCGGCCUCGCCGGUUCAGACGCCGCGACAAGUCAUGGCACUGCGAACACUCGGGAAAGAAGAAACCCUCGCAAUGAGGAGCAGAUUGAUCGGACAGUCGUGCAGACUCUUUUAUUCAGACGACCCCGUGAAAAUAGUGAGAGCACGAGGACAGUAUCUGUACGAUGAGAACAACCAGCGCUAUCUGGACUGCAUCAGUAACGUCCACCAUGUGGGUCAUUGUCACCCCAGCAUCACAAAGGCUGCAGCUGCACAAAUGGACCUCCUGAACACUAAUACACGAUUCCUGCACGACAACAUAGUCGUGUAUGCGGAGCGGCUGGCUGCCGCCCUGCCCGAGAAGCUGGGUGUCUUCUACUUUGUGAACUCAGGUUCAGAGGCCAAUGAUCUUGCCCUACGCCUGGCACAGCAGUACACCCAGCACAAGGAUGUCAUUGUGCUUGACCAUGCAUACCACGGGCAUCUAAUGUCCCUCAUCGACAUUAGUCCUUACAAGUUCCGGAAACUGGCAGGCCAGAAAGACUGGGUGCACGUGGCGCCCUUACCAGACACCUACAGAGGCAAAUAUAGAGAGGAUCACCCCAACCCAGGCCAAGCAUAUGCUGAUACAGUGAAAGACCUAAUAGGGGAGGUGCACAUGAAAGGCCGUAAGAUCUGUGCCUUCUUUGCUGAAUCAUUGCCAAGUGUUGGAGGACAAAUUGUCUUGCCCCGAGGAUACUCCGCUAAAGUUGCAGAAUAUGUGCGCUCAGCUGGUGGAGUGUUUGUGGCAGACGAGGUGCAGACAGGUUUCGGACGUGUGGGAAGUCACUUCUGGGGUUUCCAGCUGCAGGGAGAGGACUUCUGUCCCGACAUUGUGACGCUGGGCAAACCGAUGGGCAAUGGGCAUCCCUUGGCAUGUGUGGCAACCACUGCGGAGAUAGCUGGAGCUUUCACAGCCAAUAGUGUGGAGUAUUUCAACACGUUUGGAGGGAAUCCAGUGUCUUGUGCAAUUGGCUUGGCAGUCCUCGAUGUGAUAGAGGAGGAGGACCUGAGGGGGAAUGCCACAAGAGUGGGAGCACACCUUAAAGUUCUGCUCACAGAGCUACAAACACGCCAUGAAAUAAUUGGGGAUGUCAGAGGUGUUGGACUGUUUUUGGGAAUAGAGCUGGUUACAGACAGAGAGAAGAGGACUCCUGCCACACAAACAGCAGCACUGGUGGCAAAGAGGUUGAAAGAGGAAGACUGCAUCUGCAUUAGUACAGACGGCCCCUGGGAAAGUGUCUUGAAGUUUAAACCUCCCAUGUGCUUCAGUAUGGAAGAUGCUGAAUUGGUUGUGCAGUGUAUUGACCGCAUCCUCACAGACAUCAAGGCCAAGGACCUUAAACUGGAAAAGGAAGACGUCUAAGGUUUUCAGCGCCAAUUUAUGGUACAUCAGUUGAAUGAGGAGAUGGUCACCUUUCUGACGGAACCCAGCCAAUUGGAGGUAGUCAUCUUCAAAGUGAUGCAAGCUGUGGCACGUCAUUACCAACUGGCAGACUUUCAAUAAAGAUGCUGGUAUUACAACUAAUGAAAUGUUUUUAAAUUUAAAAAAAAUAAACAGUUAACACUUUAA